AUGAUUGGCAAGGGUGACUGCAUCGAAGGCCUCGUCGAGGGCGGCGUGCGCGGCCUUCCACUGUCGGUUGAAGAGUUGCGGGGACGGUCAGACGAUGAACUAGCGGUGAGAAACGUCGAUGUGGAGGCGGCCGAGACGCUGUUGGCGGCCGUUGAGGGACGCGGGUGCUGCCGUCCCACGGGCGAGCCAGGAGCAGUCGAGCUACCGCCGUUUUUGCGAAGCCGAUGUUGGUUGUGUCUGUCCAUCAACCUGCAGUCCGCCUUGGGCGAGGCUGUGGGCAAGGGAGGGUUGUGGUAG